AUGGUUUGUAGCUGUAAUUCAUUCUCCACUGACAGUUAUAACCACGGUUUGUCGCUUUACUGCAAUACAUUUUGCACUAGCAGUUAUAACCACGUGAACACGGAGUGGCUGGUUCCGUAUCGCGACGGCUCGCCCCCGGAGAAGUAUUUCUGUUCCACCAAGCUGAGCGUGUGGGCGAACGUGGCCGACCAGGUGCAGGAGGCUGUGCGUGACUGUCACCAGAUGAUGGCGCCGUACUUCGAGAAAACUCACAGGGACAUCGUCGCACAGAUCACAGGUCAGGUGGUGUUUGAUGCUCUCGGCCAGUCUGACAUUCAGGGCGUGCGUUCCAUCACCGACACGGUCAGCGAGGGACUCCGACUGCUGGGACUCCAACAAAACGUGAAGCCGCUAGAAUUUCUAGGAAAAUAUCUCCUCGAGCAAUCGGGAGCUACAGAAAUCACUAUGACAACCGAAAAGCUAAAAGAAUCCCAGCUGUCUGCGUCGCGCCAGUACGGUGAUCCCGGUGAUGAGAUGGAUCGACUCGAUCAGAGCGACGGUGAGAACGUCAAGGAGCAGACAGAACUCGACGAGGACGAUGAGGACGGAGACUUCCGCGGGGGAGAUAACCCCGCUACAGAUGACGAAACCCAGAAGGAUGAGGGUCAGGAGAAGAACGAGAGACAGGUGCAGGACGAGUCGAACACGCUGAGACAGACCCACAGAGAGACGCUUCUCCUACACACACAAAGUCUCAGCAGGAAGUUUGGAACCAUGAGGGCCACCAAGUCCAAGAGACUGUCUGCAGAAGAGCUGGCCAAUCAUCCCGAGAAGAGAACCCCGGUAGCGUUUGAGAUCCUUACCAGUGAGAUAGAGUACAACCGCAUGCUGAAAGCCAUCAGAGAUGUGUUUGUGAGACCCCUCAAGUCAGCAUUGUCGUCUAACAGUGAGAUAGAGUACAACCGCAUGCUGAAAGCCAUCAGAGAUGUGUUUGUGAGACCCCUCAAGUCAGCAUUGUCGUCUAACAGGUAA